AUGACGACGUCUCCAAAGUAUCUUCGACUUGCUGAGCUCGCCGACGACAAAGAAGGCGCCAUCCGUCGUGCAAUAUCCCUAGAAGCCGCUUCGUACCCGAUCGACGAAGCCGCGACCGAAUUCACAGUUCGAUUCCGCCUGAAACAUGCACCUGCGUUCUUCAUGGCGGCCUACCUAUCCGACAAUCCGAGCGAAGAUGCCGCAGUCCUCGUAGGGUUUAUCAAUGGCACGCUAUCACCCAGCGGCCAACUCGAUGAAGACGCCAUGAGCCGUCAUGAUCCCAGUGGAUCAGUGCUGUGUAUCCACUCGGUGGUCAUUGAUCCAGCGUUUCGCCGAGUGGGGUAUGGCGCACAAAUGCUCAAAGAGUACACAGCCACAAUCUGUGCCUCGCACACACACGUCAAGCGCAUCCUAUUGAUCGCGAAAGCCCAUCUAGUAAAGUUCUAUGUCGACUGCGGGUACGUCGUGACCAGGCAGUCACCCGUUGUGCACGGGACCGACCCGUGGUUCGAACUCGAGCUCGACUGUGAAGCUGCUCGACGACCCGUGAUCGUUCAGGUCGAUGCGUUCACGGAAGAAGCUUUCCAAGGCGUUCCAGUCGCAGUCGUGUUGCUCUCGUCUGCCAACAUCUACCACAAGGACAGUGCUCUGGACUGGAUGCAGCGUGUUGCAGUGGAGACCAAUCUCUGCGAGACAACAUUCGUUGCUCCUCGCAGAGGUCUCUUCAAGACAAACAGCGCUCUGGUCGAGUAUGACCUGCGAUCGUUCACGCCAGGCACCCAAGUCGAGCCGAGCGUCUACGCCGUCUUGUCAGCAGCUUUGGCGUUGCUCGAUUCAACGCGUGUGACCACAAGUCAGUCGCUGCGUUUCCACACGACGUCACGUCGCGCGGUGCACUGUCACUUCAACGUGCAGUGCAAUAUCGACAACGUGCUCCUGGUCCUGGACGUCGAUUCCGAGCUUGACGUCGACUGCACCGAUGCAAAUGUGGCGGCUCAACGCGCCGUCGCUUCAGCGCUGCGGGUGUCGCCACAUGCGAUCGUUGACGUCCAACAUGUGGCAACGGAUCUCUUGGUCCGCGUUACACCUGCAGCUUUCGUCACGCUCGCGCCCGACGUCAAGCAGCUGGUGCACCUGAACGUGCGAGACGUUGUCGUGACAGCUGCUGCACCGCGCGACAAUAGGUCGGCAUCUACUGUGGCUACCGUCAUCCACUGCCACUGCAUAGCGCCUCGAGACAAAAGCAGCAGCAGCAGCAGCACCACUACGUCCAUUCCUACCGCCUCGGCGUAUCAUGCACUAAGUCUCUACUGGACGCGCGUGCUACACCAGCCCCGGGUCAAGGUCCAGCAACAAGAACAACCACGUGUCCCGUCUCGUCGUUCCAUUCGAUCCGUUACGGCGGACGUGGCGCUCCUGGAACAUUCCGCUGGCAGCCGCUUGAGCGCGCACGGUGUGGUCGUGCGACGCGGGACGUUAGCUUCGCUUAUCCCGUGA